AUGUUGGAUGGACGAAGGUUAACACUAAUAGCAGCGGGUCUGCUCGCUGUUUCUUGGAUUUUUUAUGUUGCAGGCAAUGCGGCGCCAUCGUGGGCUACCGUUUCUGGUGCUUCUUCGGAUACUGGAAUUGGCUUGUGGAACGUUGAUACUGCGACUUGCUCGGUUGGCCUAAGUUUUGUUAAUGAUAUCCGUGGUACAAAAAUAGGUGCAGCUGGUGCUGUCACCAUUGUUGGCGUCAUUUUGAAUCUUGCAGGUGCUAUUGCCGCUGGUUUAGUUCGAACAAUAUAA